UGAUGACAGCCGGGCGGGCAGCUGGCCACCCAACUAGUGCUAACUAUCCAAGUCAUCCAUGGUAGGGAAGGACUAAGAGGUUGGGAUAGUGAGAGCACAGGCUGGAAGACGAUCAUCUCCACUCGGUUCACACCUGGAGAAACUUGUUUGGCCUCAUUGACCCGUUUCCUGUCCUUUUCAUGUAAAUCCAUCCCCUGUUGAUUGCUGCGUCAUCAUAAUACCUCCGCAAGCUCGUGACAUCUCAAACUCCCGAUACCUACGGCCAUUGAAUGAGCUUUGCUAUCGAUGCAUUGGAACUAGUCAGUCGUGGAUUGCGAUUUUUAAAAUAGUUCUACCUCUGGGCGGAUAGGCAAAAUGUUUUCAUCCGCGCUCAAAUCCCUGAGCUCGAACAUCUCAUCAAACUACCAAGUCUCUCCCCACCCAACGUUUGUUUCUGGCCCCUGGAAGAUCCACGACGGAAAGAAGAAAUCCACAGGCAUCUCGGCUUCAAUCUUUAUUUUCGACAAGAAAACUCUCGAGCCCCGUACAAGCGGUCUAGGCAGUCGUUCAAGUACGUCCACCAAGAAGUUGCAGGAAGAUGUUGUUGAGCGACUGAAGCGCGAAGCCGGCAAUCUCGCGCGGCUUCGACAUCCCUCUGUCCUUCAAGUACUAGAACCUAUGGAAGAAACACGUGGUGGUGGGCUUAUGUUUGCUACCGAAAAAGUAACUGCCUCGCUUGCUGGACUUCUACAAGCCAAAGAUGCCCAGGAGAGUACUUCCAGAGCGACGUCUAAUGCCUUUCGCGGAGGAUCGAGCCGUUACAUGGUAGAGGAGCCUGAUGGCACACGGAGACGACGAGACCUUGAUCUCGACGAAUUAGAGAUUCAGAAAGGUCUGUUGCAAGUUGCAAAGGGUCUCGAAUUCCUCCAUGAGUCGGCAGGGCUUGUUCACGGCAACCUCAAUCCCGAAGCUGUCUUCAUCAACGCAAAAUCAGACUGGAAGAUCUCGGGCCUUGGGUUUGCUGGCCCGCCAAGUGCGUCGGAAUCGCGAUCGACGCUCCCGCCGCUUGCAUUGUCAGAAGUACUUUAUCAAGACUCCCGCUUGCCGGCGUCAGUCCAAUUGAACAUGGAUUACACUUCUCCGGACUUUGUGUUGGAUUCCAAUGUCACACCCGCCGCUGACCUAUAUUCACUCGGACUAAUGAUCGUUGCUCUCUAUAACUCGCCCCAUGUAUCCCCACUAAAGACACAUUCCAAUGUGAACACAUACAAGAAGCUUCUUAACUCUUCUUCCACCACGCCAUCCCAGGGCAACAACUUCCUGUCUUCGGGCACGAUUCCAAGAGAUAUCCUUUCACACGUCCUACCCAGGUUGAUAACCCGAAGGCCAGCCCAGCGGUUGAAUGCUCGCGAAUUUCAACAAUCACAAUACUUCGAUAAUAUUCUGGUUUCAACGAUCCGUUUCCUGGAAUCUCUGCCAGCAAAGAACUCGAAUGAGAAAUCGCAAUUCAUGCGGGGAUUGCAACGAGUUUUGCCCGAGUUUCCAGUGUCUGUAUUGGAACGAAAAGUCUUGGGAGCCUUGCUAGAGGAACUGAAGGAUCGUGAGCUUCUUCCUCUUAUCUUGGGCAAUGUCUUUGCUAUCCUCCAACGCGUGCCUAGUGCCCGUCGCAUAUUCCCUGAGUGGGUAAUUCCUCAAUUGAAAGAGACCUUUCCGGCCGGCAGGGGAGCUCACCAGGAGCGUGACUCCAAGAGGGACGCAGGGCUGUUGGUGGUUUUGGAGAAUAUGAGUAUUGUGGCUAAUAACUGCUCUGGCAAAGAGUUCAAGGAAGAUAUCUUACCACUGAUUCGUCUGGGACUCGACUCACCGACACAUUCAUUGGUAGACGGUGCUAUAAAAUGUCUUCCAGUGAUCCUACCUGUUCUCGAUUUCAGCACUGUCAAGAAUGAGGUCUUUCCACCAAUCGCUGCAACUUUCAGUCGCACGAAUAGCCUUGCCAUCAAAGUGCGUUGCUUGGGGGCAUUUGCAGUUCUCUGCGGCGGCUCUGUGGACACAGAAGAAACUUCAGGGGAUAACUUAAUGGGCGUCGCUCAUAAGAGCGUACCGCAGUCGAGUAAAUCAUCGAUUCUCGACAAGUAUACAAUACAGGAAAAACUUGUACCAUUAUUGAAGGCAAUCAAAACAAAGGAACCAGCCGUGAUGAUGGCAGCAUUGAAUGUGUUCCGACAGGUCAGCAUGGUGGCAGACACUGAGUUCCUUGCUUUGGAAGUUCUUCCCGUCCUUUGGAGCUUCAGUCUUGGACCUCUCCUUGAUCUUCGCCAAUUUGGCAACUUCAUGUCCUUGAUCAAGGAUCUUUCAUCUAAGAUCGAAUGUGAACAGACGAGGAAACUCCAAGAACUUUGCUCAGCAGGUGAUAAUGCCAGAUUCCAAGAUGGCUCGUUGGGCUCUGUGGAAUCACCUGAUGGUUUGGAUCAAACUUGCGCGGAUACACGGGACACUUUUGAGCGGCUGGUCUUAGGACGGAAUCCAGAGAAUUCAAGUGGACCAGAUACAGGUCUAUGGGGUACUGCCUCCGUCAAGCCCUCAAUGAAUCAGGCCCCAACUCAGAGCACCUCAUCUGUUGGGGAUUCCUGGUCAUCGAAUGCUCCUAGUUCUGUUUCCAAAGGAGGUAUGUUACCAGCGCAAUCAAAUUUCAGCAUGCGUUCGGUCACGCCUGAUUACAACCUGAGCUCCUUUCCUUCCUUGCAACCUGCUGCUAGAACAAAUUAUCCGUCGGCUCCAGCUUUCCCUACGUCGCAGCCUUCGCCUGCACCUUGGGCUUCACCAAUCUCUCCAAAUUACCAACAGCCUAUCCAAGGGUUGAGGGCUUCCGGUAAUGGCUUGGAGAUCCUGUCUGGUCUGAAGACAAACAUCGGCAACUCCGCACAAGGCUUGCAAUCGUCUCCUAACUAUGCUGCGUUCUCAAUUCCUCCACCGCCAGCCGGCCAGAGCCAAGUCGGCUCCCUUACAAGCCCUAGCGGAGCGCUGCACCCUGUGCGAUCUCCCUUCCCUAGUAAUACUACAUUGACUUCUUUCAUCGGCAACACUUCCUCUUCACCGCAAGGUACGCAAAAGCAAGGCCUUGACAAGUAUGAAAGUUUGCUGUGAGAUCGAUAGCCUGUGCCGCUGCAUGAAUACGGUCCAUCUUCUUGCAACCUCGCAUUUCUGGCACCAGUCCUCAAUAUACCGAUGGCUUUGACGUGCGAUCGCAAAUGCUACGUCCAUGAACCGAAUGCAUGUAGAUUGAUCAUAUACCAUGUCUCUAUUAUAAUUGCUGUAUGCCUAGGCAGUUGGCGGAUCUUAUGCCAUCAUGUCUUUCUGCAUGCUGAAAAUGAGGUAUGUGAAUGGCUGGUCCGAAGGGCUGCUGUAUAUAUGAAUUCCAUUCAG